AUUGGUAUAAUAAAUAUAUUGGGGUGCAUACUGUAUACUGUUAGAACUUCCAACAUCAUUCCCGAAAAGUUGUCGUGCGUGUGCCGACGUCGACUUGACUUCAGAAUUUCUCAUUUAUAAGUUUCAGUGAAGGCAGUACACACUGUGUCAACCAACAAAGCACUCAGAAUUUCCAGCAAAACCACACAACAGCACCAGGCAGCAAAAAAAACAUCAAUUCAUUCAUUGUUCAUCCAGCCAUCUACGCCAGCCAUGCCUCGAUUAAAAGGACCUACGUUACUGCGGCCAGGUUCAGACCAGAAGAUUGCCCUCAAGGAGAAAAUUCUUGAUAUCUACGAUGCAUUUCUUAAGGGUCAAGAUGCGUCAAGAGGAAACCUAAAUUUCUGGGAUGAAUUGUUCCUUCUAAAGGCCAAUGUUAAGUACAUCGAAAGUGAACUUGGUGCUUUGGAACCCCAGCAGCUGCUCAAGAUAAAGGAUAACAUCAAUUCCUUGUUCUACCACAGUGUGGCUACACUGAAACAGGACCACCCCAUCAGGGUUGUCAAUGCACUCCAGACACUGUGUGCUCUUGUGAGAGGGGUCCACAAGCGAACGUUGUCAGAUCACGGGUUUGAUGUCAUCAAUAUUCUCAUUGGAUUUGACUCGGCUGAAAUGCUGAUGACGAAUUUGGUAGAAAGGUUAAAUUCCAUCUUAGUCGGAGUCUACUCAGUCAGCCUGAAGAACCUUGCCCUGCGAUUGUUCCUUAUCCUUGCAACUGUAACAGAUAACGUCAGUCAGAACACCAUUUUGGAAUACCUGAUGAUCAACAGCGUCUUUGAGUCCAUUAUUCAGAUCUUGGCUAAUCCUACCUCCAGACAAGACCAUGGGUAUGAGGCAGUAUUGCUGCUCACAUUGCUGGUCAACUACAGAAAAUACGAGUCUGCCAAUCCCUACAUUGUCAAGCUGUCAAUCAUGGAUGAUGAACUCGCUCUCACUGGUCUUGGGGCUGUCAUCUCCUCAACGUUAGCAAGAUACAACAGUCAGUUCAAGUUGGGACAAGACGAUACAGCUUACACAGGGUGGUUUUCUGCAAUCACUAACAUGGUUGGAAACAUGUUUGUUGGAGAAAACAGUGAGCACAUUCAAACAAGCAUGGAUCCAGACAACUGCAUCCUCCUCGCUCUGUAUGAGGCAGUACAUCUCAACAGGAACUUCCUGACAGUUUUAUCCCAUAACCAUGCCCAUCCAGUCCAGUCACUCCCAUCAACCACGUGUCCCCCGUCACCCCCGGCUGUACCCAGCGCUGCUCAGAAUCUGCACCCAGAGCCUUCCUCCCCUGCACCAGUCAGUGAGUCACCAACCAACAUCCUCGUCACGUUCCUCUCUUACUGCUCAAUGGUCAUGCAGGAUCUUAAAGAUGAACAGAGGCAAAACAACACCAAGCUAUGUUUGAUAAUCCUCACUUGUAUCGCUGAGGACCAGUAUGCCAACUCAUUUCUGCAUGAUGCCAACUUGUCUUUCCGGGUGCCACUUUUCAGAGCGCCGAUGAGACAUCGAAAGGCAACAACUGAAAUGGUCUGGGCUUCAAGACCGCUAGCGUGUGCACUCCUAGAUUUGAUGGUUGAGUUUAUCAUGAGUCACAUGAUGAAGUGCCUGCCGUUGGAACUCUACCUGAGGUGUACGGGUGUGAUUCACAGAAUACUGUGCUAUCAGAAGAAGUGUCGCGUCAGGUUGCAGUAUCCAUGGAAGGAGGUCUGGACAGCUCUUAUCAGUCUUUUGAAGUUCCUGCUGGGAAACGAGUCGGCUCUUGUCUCCAACUACAACAUAUUUGAGCUGGCUUGUCAGGUGGUGAAUCUAUUCAACUUGUUCAUCACCUACGGUGACACGUUUCUCCCUACCCCGGGGAGUUACGACGAGCUAUACUACGAACUGAUUCGCAUGCACCAAGCGUUUGAUAAUCUCUACUCAAUGGCCUUGCGUCAUUCAACCAACAACGGAGAACACAAGAACACAGCCAACAAACUGACCAGCAGUCUGGUCAAUAUCAGAGCGAUCAUCAAUCAUUUCACUCCCAAGAUUGACUCCUGGUCAACGGCCAAUAAGCAGACAGCUCUGACUGAAGAACAGGUCUUGGAAGUUGUCAGGACAAACUACGACACGCUGACACUCAAACUGCAAGACAGCUUGGAUCAGUAUGUGAGAUAUGCAGAGAAGCCUAAAGAAACUGCCUUCUUUACGCUACUGGUUCGAGCCAUCAUCAGCGAUUUCCGCAAGAACGUCAUCAUCAGCAACCUGGAGCAGCAGAGCGUUCUGCAAGAGUUCUCCACCAUCCAGUGAGAAGCGAGGAAUCACUCCUUGACAGUCAACGACAGAGGGCGCCCUUCACUGCCGAGAGCCCAACGCGGGCUUGAGAAGCAAUUAAUGCACCCAUUUGGAAGUGCAUCGAUCGCUCAGUUGCAUUCGUAUGCGUCUUGAAAUGAGAGUGCACUAUCACGGUGAAGCGCCUUCACAACGAAGUCCAGGUGACCUUUGAACUAUGCCUUAGAGGUCAUAUUGCUCGGAAUGAAGGUCAUUGUCCAGUUGUUGAAACCUUUGCUACAUUUGGCCGACUUCAGCCUUUAUUCCAAGUACGUCUUGGUGUCGCCGGCUAAAAUUCAUUUUUAUGACAAACUCCUUGUAAUGAAACAAGGAUUCCUCCUCAAAUUUUCUGCUUCCGAGCUUGAAGACACUAGAAGACAAUGAAGAAAUGUGGAGACAUCCUGAAGACGGUCAGAGCAUACUGACCGGAACGUUGAGUUUAUACCUCUGGUUCUUUUCAGAACCAUUCUCUUAGUUGAGAAAUUAUUCGCACAUGGUGUUUCCGCAAACCUUUCAUUAUUUAAGAAAUGUGGAGUUGGCCAUGUGUAGUAGAAGUUAAUGAGACCUUUUUAUCACUGGACGUUUAAUGUGUUAGAACGACUGUAAUUUUACCUUGACCUCAGUGAUAAGUUGACUUCACAAAAAAUGUAAAACAAAAUCAAAUUCAUGAAUUGCUAUGAUGGAUAUAUAGGCGGGGAAUACAUUAAGGGUGAAAUGGUUUGACCUUUUCUCAAAUCCUGCACUAUUAGAAUAAAGACACCCAGCCCCAAAUAAAAUAGAAA